AUGUGGGCGGGCGGAGACUCGCAAGCGCCUGGUAGCGCUCUGCUCGGUCGACGAGACCGCUGUCAGCCCAUCGCAGACGCGUUGCCCGCCCGAAGACCGCCUUACCGUCUUCUCCUAUGCAUCCCGGUAGAUGGCCGUGUGUUCGCAAAGCUAGACGUGAGCCACUUGUUGCUGGACGGGCGUUCAAAGCUCCUUAUGCUUCGCGAGUUGGUGGACGCCUUCGACCGGCUGGGCGAGGAGCGUCAGGCUAUUUUGUCACGGAAGCCCUGCGCAAACCUCAUGGCCAGCGCCAUGAAGCAAACCAACAACGCUGACCGCCGCGCAAACAACCUGGCGUAUUAG